AUGUCACUUAGAGAUAAGAUCGUGCUGUCUCUGUGUCUUGUCCACUCUGGUCUAAAAAUGAGAUGGACCAUAAAGCAACGAACUUUUACAGCUGACUACUUGCAUCUAAAUCCAGAAGUUGUCAGACGCCGACUUGUCAAAGCAGUAGAACAUUGUGAGGAAAUCAGUUCAGACAGCGAAGUAGACAAACCGAAAGAAGACAAGGUCCUUCUACAUGUAGCUGUGCUGUCUCGAAAUCCAACUCGAUCAUGGUUAUUAGAAAACAGACCAGACCUGCAGAUGGAAGGAAAAGCCUGGCUUGUUGCUGGUAGUGCUGUGGUCGCAUUUGAAGAAGUGUGUCCUGAAAGGAUAGAUUUAAUUCACAAGAACUAUCGCAAGCUGUGCAACCUUCUUGUUGAUGUAGAAGAUUGGGGUCAAGUGGCCAUCAUCAGCAUGUUAACUAGAUAUGCUCACUCUCAGUUUGCAAACCCAAAUGUGGAGGGGCAAGAACUUGGUGAGGAAAAGUUUUACAGCUCCGAAAAUGAAGGCAGUUCUGGUAGUGAUAUUAAAGAUAAAGAUGAAACAGCAAAACAGGAUAGUGAAACAAAGAGGAAAAAACCAUAUGUGAUGGAUCCUGACCAUCGUCUUCUCCUUCAAUCAACAAAGCCACUUCUUCAAAGCAGAAACACUGCAGUGGUCAUGAGUGUGGCUCAACUUUACUUUCACGCUGCUCCAGCUGGUGAAAUGUCACUAGUUGUUAGACCCCUUAUACGGCUGCUUAGGACUCAUCGGUAAGUCACGAGAGUUUGCAGUGUGAGUUACUAAGCAUGAUGACAACAUUAUUAUUGCAUGUCUGUGCUUCUAGUAAUUCCUA